AUGCCUUUCCUUUUCCUGGUCAUGCUGGAACAUGAGUCUGCACUGGUUGAAUGCCAUGGAGCAGCGGCUGUUGGUCUGGGAGAGCCUUGGUUGUGGCAGCACCUGUUGCUGUACCUUGUGCGGUCAGAGGAUCCAAGGAAUGCUGCACCACCGCCAGCUCCGCAGAAGAACAGCCAGCCGCAACAACCUGCCACUCCACUGGGUGAGUGGAGAGUCGCUGCCUCGAACGAGAACAUUGUCAACCCGCACAGCCUCGGCAGACUGGCUCAGCCGCAGGCAACUCUGCCUCCCGAGCAGGUGGAGGCAGCGGCUGCGAUGCAAACGCAAGUGCAAGGCGAGAGUGCCUUCCCCUGGUGGGCGGUAGAUGGAAAUGAUGCGCGGAACGGCCAAGCGGCUGGAGCUGCUGGAAGAAGUCAUCAUCGAUCCUCUGAAUUCGUAUGCCCGGGCAUGGACGAAAUCCUGGAAGGGAGGACGCUUUGUGAGCAUGUUGUGUAUCUGACGCAGACGAUUCGUGAGCUUCGAUCAGAAAUGGAUACGCUGGUCCCUGUGCAGCAGCCAGCCAAGGAGAAUUCAGUUCACCAAGAGUCGAAGUUCUUAAAUGGCAUGGCCAGGGAUGUUCUGGCCAUGAACAGUCAGGAGAUUGGGGAGCUUGUCCGGCAUCAGCAGUCUGAUGAGGAGCAGUUCGCUCACGCCAGCGAGCUCAUGAGCGGCCUGUUGAACACGCAGCACAAGGACGAGCUUCAGCUGUCCAAUCACGAGGGAUCCAUCAGCAAGCUCGGUGAGGUUCAGGUUGAGGACGAGACAAAGAUUGGCCAAACUGCGAAGCAGGUUUUGAGCAUGGCUCGUCAGGUGGAGUCAGUAAACCAGUCGCAGGAGCACAUUCGGCUUGACUUUGCAGUUGCGGAGCAUCAUUUCGAGCACCAAAGCCAGAACCUGGAAAGCUUGGCGGCGAACGUCUCAGGCCUUGGAAUUCACCUCGAUGAAGUGCAGACUGAGUUUGAAGGGGCGCUGGAGAAUCAUGGGUCUGAGAUUCUUCAGAACAAGGAGAGUUUGGACCGUGUGGAUGAAGAUAUCUCUGCGCUGAAGACUGCCAGGGAGAAAGAUGCGCAGAAGCUGCUGGAGCUUCACGAGAAGCAUGAGGAGCUAGCUGCGGACGUCGAUGAGGUAAAGGACAGGCAAAAAAGGGAGCUAUCUGCGGUGAAUGAGUCCGUUGCCGGCAUUGUGGAUGCCAUGAAGGAGGUAAGUGAGGAGAUGUCCACUCUCAACCGGUCGCAGGACCUUGGCACAGUGUCCAACCAGACCCUUGAGCUAAAGGAUUUCCUGACGAAGGUCGAGGAAGCACUUGCUGCGGCCGGACUCACCGACUUCCUCAAGGGCCGCGACGUCUUCGAGAGGCUGUACCGCGAUGCACUUCGGCGCAUGCGCACACAAGCAGAGAUCCAGGCGCGUCUGACAGAAGAAAGCGCGAAACAAUUCGUGCGAACGCUUCAUGACCUGGCCAACCACCCGCUUGUGGCGGUUGAUGCAGCUAUGGAGUUGCAUGGGGGACGAGGUGGUUCUCCAUUUCAAGUGAUGCGCUUCUCGCCUGCUGAAACUCCGGGGGAGAGUGCGCGGCUGAUUCCGAGCCUCCAGGACCGUGACAGCCGAGUCCCUGUCAGGUCCAAGACAGCUGUCUUCUCUGAGGGGGAGACUUACGAUGAGGAAGAUGACACCACGGAAUCGCAGCGUGCAGGUAGAGUUCGCCGAGCCGUCACCCUGGCUUCCGGAAUGGAAGAUAGAACUGGGCUAGCAAGGAACGGGCCCACAAACAAGCCUACGACGCUGUCCAAGCAGGGUUCUGGCUAUGUCCGCAUGGGCUCAGGGCUGAGUAAUGCAGAAGGACUAGCAGUUGCUUCCACUGCCUCUCUGAACUCAAGGCAUGGGACUGCCGCCUCACAGGCAGCUCCCUCACUACCCCAGUCGAACUUAGUUUCGGCGAGGCCGCUCGCGGCCGGGCCGAACUGGCCGCUGGGAAACAUGGCCGUCGAGUGCAGCGGCAAUUUCACGAGAGCUUCCAGCAGGGGCUCUGAUGCCAUGACAUCGCACAGGUCGUCGCCAGUGCAAAGUCAAUCGCCACCUCGUCAUUCCCAGAGCCCGCUUCGAUCAUCCAGCCCUUCGCUGGGAAGCCUUCCUUUGCAGCCGCUCCUCUCCGUAAGUGGCCUUGGCCCAAGGCCUGCACCAAGUCAGCUCGUCCCAAAUUCAAAAGGACGGUUGCUGUGA